CCUGCUGGAGAGCAGGUUGACUACGACAUGACCACCUCCAUCGGAAGUGAGGGAACCGCGGUCAGCCCUAUCUGCAAGCAUACCAAACCGUAUGACAACCCUGUGGCCACUUGGACCGCAGGAUCAACUGUCCCUGUCAAGUUCUCACCUGGAAAUGGCCACAGUGGAGGUCACUGUGAGUUCUCAAUCUCGUACGAUGGUGGGAAGACCUUUGUUGUGCUGAAGCAGGUGCUCAAGUACUGCUUCUACAGCGGUCCUGCAAAUACUGAUACUCCGUCUGUGUUGGACUUCAAUGUUGAGUUGCCUGCCAACCUGCCUGGAUCUAACAAGGCUGUGUUUGCAUGGACAUGGGUCAAUGCAUCCGGCAACCGCGAGUACUACAUGAACUGUGCUGAUAUCGCAAUUGUCGGUGGUGCUGGGUCU